AUGUCUACAGAGACUUCAGACGAUGACUAUUAUUACGGCACUGAAGAAUUUAGUCCUUGCCACUUGGAUCUAAACCCUGCAAACGUCCUCAUUCAAACUUACCUGCACUCCCUCAUCUGCGCCUUGGGCCUGGUGGGCAACAUCCUGGUGGUGGUCACGUACAUAUUCUACAAGAAGAUCAAGACCAUGACGGAUGUUUACCUGGUCAAUGUGGCCGUGGCUGACCUGACCUUCGUGCUGGCCUUGCCUUUCAUCAUAUACAACGAGCAGCACAGUUGGUCGAUGGGCGCUGUGGCCUGCAAGGUGCUGAGGUCAGCAUACAGCAUCAACCUGUACAGCGGGAUGCUCCUGCUGGCGUGCAUCAGCGGCGAUCGUUACAUCGCCAUCGUGCAGGCCAGGCGCUCUUUCGGCGCCCGCUCCGGGUCUUUGAUCUACAGCCGCGUCAUCUGCUCUGCCGCGUGGGUUUGCGCCGCGGCGUUAACCGUGCCCACGCUCAUUUACACCAAGCGCGUGGAAGAGGACGGCCCGGGGGCCGAGGACGUGGUGUGUCAGCUGUCUUUCAGCGCAGAUAGCAAAGCCAAGCUCAUCAAAGUGCUCAUUCCCAGCCUGCAAAUGGCCAUCGGCUUCGUGCUGCCCCUAUUGGUGAUGAUGCUGUGCUACUCCUGCAUCACGCUCACGUUGAUCCGAGCGCAGAGCAGCCAGAGGCACAAGGCCAUCCGAGUGGUUGUGGUGGUGGUCGUUGUCUUCAUUGCGUGCCACCUGCCGUACAACGUGGCCUUGCUCAACCACACGCUCUCUCUCUUUAAAGAGAGAAGCUGUGAAGGAGAGAAGCUCAAACUCCAAGUUCUGGCCGUGUCCAAAGGUGUCGCCUACCUGCAUUGCUGUCUUAAUCCCAUCCUCUACGCCUUCACCGGCUCCAAGUUUAGGACCCACUUCAGGCAAAUAUUUAAGGACUUGUGGUGCUUUGGUAAAAAAUGCACUUACUCGGCCCGCCCUUCGCGUGGCAUGUCAACAUCUGUGUCUGUACCGGGCUGUAAGUCUUCAGAAGGAUCCAACAACUUCUCAUCCUUUACUGCAUGA